AAUGCUUAGAAAACGUCUAAUACAAUUUCUAUCAAAAGAGAAACUUUACCUAAUUGAUGAGAACUCUUACACGAAAGAUCUGGAAGAAAAAUUAUCGAAGCAAGGAAUAGUAAUAGAUGAGAAAAAUGGAAUUUGGUUUGUUAAUAUUCCAGAAAACUACCAAGAGAGUAAGAUAAGGGAUUUAAUUAAUAAUUUUAAUACGCUCUAUGACGAGGGAGUAGAGGAUAUGAAACUAAAUACUAUAGCUGGAGUAGAAAUUGCAAAACGAUAUUUAAUUGUUAAUAAGCAGCCAAAACUGAGAUGGGAAUUGAACAAUGAUACUUUCACAUUUAAAGGACCUUUAGCUUUCAUAUUAAAUACAAAAAUAAAAAUAUGUGAAUUAGUAUUCUAUUCAUUAAAAUCUCCUAUAAUUCUUGAUAAAUCAAACUUUGAGAAAAAGAUUAUUCUAAAACUAUUCCACCGACAAAGUUUCAUUGAUUUUUUAUACAAAACGGCUUUUCCUGAUAAAUGUUUCUACAUUGACACAAAAUGGACCAUACCAGUUAUCUACAAUUCCAAAGCUGAAGAUACUAAUUUAAUGAUUAAUUGGUUCAAUAGAAAUUUAACUGUCCAUAUCGAAGAUCAAACUGAGAAUAUUCACGAAUUUUUGUCAUUUAAAUCUAAUUAUAGAAUAUUUGACAAACUUUUAAAUAGCUAUCCAAUAAUCAUUCAAAUAUGGAAUAUUGAGAAUCCCAAAAUAAUUAUUGGAGGAUAUAAUGAACAUACAAAUUUGGUUAAAAAUGAACUAUUGAUAUUUUUGAAAGAUAAUAUUUACGUUCAAGAGAGUGUACAAUAUCCUGUAGAAAAAUUACUCUUGAUUGAAAAUGCUUUCGAAACUAUUAUACCAUCGGCAAUUUCAAUUGAUCACUCCAAUAACUUCAUUGAAUUCAACGGUAAAGGUAGAUUAAUUGAAAGGUUAAAAUGUGAUAUCAGAGAAUUUUGUAAAGGCAUCCAUUCAAGACAGAAAAGAAUUGAUAAUAUUAAAUUUGCAAAUUUUAUCCUAAAGAAAGAUCUGAAUUGUUUGAAUACGCUAAAAAAUGGCGAUAUAGUAUCUUUGAAACUUAUCGAUGAGGAUCGACAACGAAUACUAAACGGAGUAACUAUAGAUCAAGGUCUAGAAAGGGGUAUGAAGAUUGUAAAAGGUUCAAUAAAGGAUCAACAAGUUGACGUCAUCGUUAAUCAAAUCUUUCAUGACGGAAGUAAAAGUAUUGAUCCAACAGUUGAUGAGUUAAUAGGGAAGGACCAACUACUAAAGUUGAAAACUCAAAAAGCGGAUGCUCAGAAAUAUAAUAUCGUUGAAACAGAAUCAGGGAAUUUGAAGAAUACAAAGAAAAUAUAUCACGUUUCAGUACCACCAGAGGAUGAUAAUCAUAGGGCUUUUACCAAUAUAGUUAAAUCUAUUUUUGAUAAAGCAGAAUAUGAGAAAAUGGAAUCAAUAGCAAUUCCAUGUUUAGGAGUUGUUAAAACGAAUUAUCCAAAAGAUAUCGUUGCUUUCGUCUUGAUUAGUGAAACGAUAAAAUUUCUAGAAAGUUCCAAAGUAAAAUACUUAGGAACGAUUGUAUUUCCAAUUUCGGAUAAUGAAAUGUUUAAAAUAUUUAUUAAUGAAUACCUCAAAAUCAAACUUAAUAAUGCAAAAUCGAGAAUAGUUGAUGCUUCUACUCCGAUUCAGGAAAAUUAUAAAUGGGACUUUGGAGAUUUACAAUAUACGGUUUCCAGGGGAAAUAUUCUGGAAUAUUAUGCUGAUGGUAUUAUUAAUACCAUUGGUAAUUCGAAUAUUCUCAAUUCAAAUGGUAAACUUUCCAACGAACUGGAAAUACAAGGAGGUGAAGAGUAUAAAAAAAUUUGCAGGAAAAUUGCUCCUGUUGAAAAUGUUCAAAUAAUGCCUUCGACCGGUAACAUUAAGCCUAAAUACGUAAUUCACAUUAUGGCCCCUCGUAUACCCACAAAGGAAGCGUGGAUAGAUAGAAUAGCUUCUGCGUUUCUUCUUGCUGAUAACAUGAAAUUGGUAUCCAUCGUUAUACCAGCCUUUGGAACUGGACAUUGCGGUAACCAAGGAGACGACAUGGCUAUAAUUACGAUGGAAGCAAUUGAAUUAUUUUGUAAACAUAAUCCUAAAUCAGUUAAGCAAAUAAACGUCGUUAUCUUCCAAGAAAGCCUAUUUCCUAUAUACAAGAAAUGGAGUAGGCAAAUUAAACAAGGUCAAAAACUACAGCCAAUAACAACUUUUACACCUAUAACUUUACAAGUGAAUUCAACUAAUGAAAUUGCAAUUAAUAAAUUUUGGAAAGAGACCUUUAACGAUUACGAAUUGUCUAUGUCAUCGAAAAUAUUUGAUGUACCUCAACAUUUAAAUAAAAAGGUGAUAAAGGAUUUAAUUGGUAAUCACAAAACAAUUGAAUACAGAGAAACUGGAGGAGAAGUAGAAUUAUUCGGUGAUGAAGAAGAAAUAAAGUACUUUGAGGAAUAUCUGAAUCAUCUAUCAGAGAAGAUAGCUGAUGACUUCAAUGAAAAAUUCAUAGAGAGGAGAAUAAAAUGGUAUGUUUGGUAUGAAAAUAGAAGAAAUGAAUAUAGUUCAAGGUUGAAUUGCCUAAUUGAACAAGCAUAUAAAAGAUAUUUAGAUAAUGGCAUAGUUAAGAAUGAGACAAGAUUCUUUAGAUUUAUACAAGAAGGCAAAGUAUUCUAUAUCGAUUUUGAAUAUCUAAUAGAAAUUGACGAGAAUAAUGAAGUUUUUACUGUUAAAAGAGGUCAAAUAAACGAUAUACCUGAAGAGUGGGUUGAACCGUUCGAAAGCAAUAGAGAGAUAUCUUUAGACUUUUCAGAAAAGGAGUACAAAAAUGUUCAAUCAAGAAUAGGAAAGAAUCUUCGCUUUUCGUUUCGUAAAAAGAUCAAUGACCUAAAAAUUAAUCGAUAUCAAAACCUAGAAAUGUGGAAAAUCUAUAGUCAACAUAGAAAUUUUAUCAAAAAGAAACUUGGACAAGAUAAAAUAGAGCAGGAAUUAUUUUAUAUUGCUAAUAAAACUGAUAUUCAUGAAAUUUUAAAAUAUGGCUUCAAUAGAAAUAGAAUAAAUCGAGAUUCUCGUAUAAAUAAUGGUAUUACUUUCCAUCUAAAUUUACAAUUGUUGGAUAAUAAUGAUAUUAAGGAUGAGAUUUAUGUUAUUUUAAGUAAAGUUAUUGUUGGACGUAUGAUUAUUAGAACAGACAGAAACCAAAUACCUUUGCCUGAAGAGACAUUUGUUGAUAGGAGACACGAACCAAGAGAAUUUACCAUCGUUCAUGAUGAUGCUGCAUAUCCUUAUUUCGUAAUCAAGUUUAAAAUUGUAUAGCUACUUAACAAAUUUUUGUGAGAGUAUUAUGCAAUAAAUUCAAACAUUCUAUAUAUUUAUUAAUAUAUAUAUACAGUAUAUACAAUAUAAAAACAAAGAGUUGGAGAGAUAAAAGAUAAAAAA